AUGCGACAUCCAACCGCCGCCACCGGCCAAAGCGUCGCAACGGCGUCGUGCCCCUUCUUGGACCCCCGACAAGGACAGGCAUCCCAGCCGGCGGCCUGGGAGGGACCCAAAAUAGGCCUGUGCCACUCCGUCGUCACGCAAUGGCGGGAGAUCGUCUACCAUGUGGACCAAGAUUCAGCCAACAUUUCCUGGCCAACCUUUGCAUCUUUGGUUGUUCCUUACGCCUUCGCCGCUCUCCUCCUCAUCAUCGACGCCAGACUUCGGAUGGCAUGGUGGCAUCCUCACCCAACGCCCGUCCAUCUUAGCUCCAGCACAGUGCUGUUAGGCGAGGUAGAAUCGCCGUGUGAAGGAGCUUAA